AAUCAAACGCAUUGAAUCGAAGCAGUUCUGCGAGAAACAGACAUGGCUGGCCUGAUCUUCUUCUCAGGUCACAUAUCUUGCCUGAUCUUCUUCUUUCUACUUUUGGGCUUGGCAUUUUCUCCAGCUGAAGCAGCCGUAAAGAGAUACCAAUUUGAUAUUCAAAUGACAAACGUGAGUAGACUCUGCCAUGCAAAGCCCAUAGUAACGGUGAAUGGGAGGUUUCCAGGGCCAACUAUUUAUGCCCGAGAAGGAGAUAGAGUGCAAAUCAAUGUCACAAACCAUGUGCCGUAUAACUUGUCAAUUCACUGGCAUGGACUGAAGCAAUAUCGCAAUGGUUGGGCUGAUGGACCUGCUUAUAUUACACAGUGCCCUAUCAAAACUGGAAGUAGCUACACAUAUGACUUCAACGUUACAGGACAACGGGGGACUUUAUGGUGGCACGCCCACAUUCUUUGGCUGAGAGCUACUGUGUAUGGUGCCAUUGUGAUCAUGCCUAAGCCUGGAACCCCAUUUCCUUUCCCUCAGCCAGCCAGAGAAUUCGAAAUUCUUUUAGGGGAAUGGUGGAACAAUGACGUGGAGUUGAUUGAAAAGCAAGGAAACAGAAUGGGGUUGCCGCCAAAUAUGUCUGAUGCGCAUACGAUCAAUGGGAAGCCUGGACCACUCUUUCCUUGCUCUGAGAAACAUACAUUUGCAAUGGAGGUUGAGCAGGGGAAGACCUACCUUCUCAGAAUCGUCAACGCUGCGCUCAACGAUGAGCUUUUCUUUGGGAUUGCGGGUCACAACAUGACAGUGGUGGAAGUUGACGCAGUUUACACGAAACCAUUCACAACACAAGCAAUUCUGAUAGCUCCUGGACAGACCACAAACGUUUUGGUAAAAGCCAACCAAGUACGAGGUAGAUACUUCAUGUCUACCAGGGCCUUCAUGGACGCUCCAAUCCCAGUAGAUAACAAAACAGCCACAGCUAUUCUUCAAUACAAAGGUGUCCCAAACACUGUCCUCCCACUCCUCCCACAAUUACCGGCUAGAAAUGACACAGCUUUUGCGCUUAGCUACAACAAGAAACUGCGAAGCUUGAACUCUGCACAGUACCCUGCUAAUGUUCCUCUCAAAGUCGACAGAAACCUGUUUUACACUAUUGGUUUGAGCAAGAAUUCGUGCCCCACAUGCGUGAAUGGAACUAGGUUACUUGCUUCCUUAAACAACAUCUCUUUUGUGAUGCCCAAGACUGCGCUUCUUCAAGCUCACUACUUUAAUCUGAAGGGAGUGUUCAGAACUGAUUUCCCCGAUCGGCCUCCAACCACUUUCAACUAUACCGGUGCACCAUUGGCUGCUAAUCUUGGAACUUCCACAGGCACGAGGAUUAGCAAGAUUGCCUUCAAUUCUACAGUUGAUCUGGUUCUGCAGGACACGAAUCUGCUCACUGUUGAGUCACACCCAUUCCAUCUCCAUGGAUACAACUUCUUUGUGGUUGGUACUGGCAUUGGCAAUUUCGAUCCAGCAAAAGACCCUGCGAAAUAUAACUUGGUAGAUCCUAUGGAGAGAAACACUGUUGGUGUUCCCACCGGUGGAUGGACUGCAAUUCGUUUCCGUGCUGAUAAUCCAGGUGUUUGGUUCAUGCAUUGCCAUUUAGAGCUGCACACUGGUUGGGGGUUAAAAACGGCGUUCGUGGUAGAAGAUGGACCGGGACAAGAUCAAUCUGUUCUGCCUCCGCCCAAGGAUCUUCCACAAUGUUAGCUUCAAAUUUGGAUUUGUUUGGAAUGUAAUUUGGUGAUUUAAUUGUGAUUUAGUUGUUUGUAUGCUAAGCUUUCAUGCAUAAGUUGCGGAAAGUUUGGUUACGAGAUAUAAUGGGAGAGAACAAUCCAAUACCAACAUCAUAUCAUAAUGUAAUAAAAUGUCAAAAAUGUACUAACCAACCAGGCUAUACUUGUCCUCGCGUUUCCUUUUUUUUUUUGGGUAACAUGUUCUUGUGUUUCUUGUUACUCUGACCUGUAAUUUGUUCAACAUUCUCUUGUAUUCUUCACCCUAGAAUGAAAUAAAAUUAAAGUUACCACUUUUUAUAUUGACA